UGUGUUAUGUGGUGAGUUUUUACUGAAAGGUAACAAACUACUUCUUUACAACGUGGAUUCGUUCAUGUUAAAUAGGUGGUACUAAAAUACCGUAUAAGUGUUUUUUUCAUGCACGAUAAAUACUUUAUAUAAACACUACAUUCCGGUGAAUGGAGAUUGGACUGAAUCUUUACUUCAAUAAAAAAAUGAAUGUAUCCUUUUAGCAUCUGUGCUCCAGCUCUAUGUGCUAAGUUUGCAGAAGAGACAGCAGUAAUCAUCCAUCCCAUGCAGCUGUUGUGAUUGAGGUUCAGUCAUGGUGGUGAAGAAGAAAGCACCCAAAGUGGAGGCUGUGCUUUUGGAAAGCUUUGAGCUGAAGAGUCUGACUACUUCACUCUCUGUAGAUGGAGACGAUGACUCCAAAGAGCUUGCCCAAGUGCUGAAGGAGUGUUUGACCUCCACUGACCCGGUUCAGCAGGUCCAGCUCGUGUCAAAGGCAGGCUCCAUGCUGGAACAUGUGACCAAGGCUGAGUCUUCUCCAGAUCUUUUACUUCUCACCUGCUUGGAUACACUGGCUGUCAUAUACACCACCAGACUUCGGGCUAAGAAUCCUCUGAGGAGGGCUGUGGCCAGUGCCUUGGGGAAUGUUCCUGACUGGUUACAGGAGAGAGCUGUGUGCUGUCUGUCUGAGCGCCUUUCUUCGUCUCUGUCCUCUCAGAGCUCCGAGCAUUACACCCAUCUCACAGAUUGCAUUACUUCCUGUCUAGAUUCAUUUCCCAUCGGAGAGAAAUGCAUCCAUCACUUAAUAACAGAAGUGCUCCAAUUCUUCCAGAAGGUUGUGAGUGAAUAUCUAGAACAAAACAGAAGCCUGGCUGGUCGUCAUGUCGCCCAGGCCCAGCUCAUGCAGAGUUGUCUGGCUGUGGUCAAAGCCUCCAUGUUGGUGGUUCAGAGAUCUCAGGUGCUGAUCAGUGCUGCCCAGCUGGAGACGUCAAGCAGCAGCGCUCUCCAACAAGCAUUCAGUGGUCUCCUGCAGUGUUAUACACACAUUCUGACUGAAGAGGAGUUUGUGCAGGCAGUGCAGAGCACAGCUGGGAUGGCUGUAGUAUUGUUAAUAAAGUCUGUCCUGGGAAAUGGAGAAAGUCUAUCUGUUAUGGUGGCAGGCCUGUUGCAGUGCAUACAACAGGAAGGAGACACUGCCCCCCUGUGGCUGAAACAGAGCUGUGCAGGACUGUAUGUGAGCACCAGGCCUGCUGCUUUGGCUCUGUAUCUGAGCCACGGAGCUCUGGCAAUGCUCAACUGGAGAGGUAGGACGCUCGGCUUAAAGGACGAGAAACUGCUGCUCCUCGUUCCUGAUGUCAUCCUGUCUCUUGAUGCAAGAGUGAAAGAGUCCAGCACUGCAAUGGUGGUCUCUAGAGUUCUAUCUCUAUGGAGCAGUGCUGUGUUUGACUGCCUCCAGGCUGAACCCAAACCUCCUCUCCUCUGCCAAUCACUCUACGGCGAGUGUCCGCUCCCCUCACGCCUCCUCCGCCAUGUCUACGCUCACUGGGAGCACCCUUUGGACGGUGUGCGCCACCAAUCCCGCAUCCUCUUCCGAAACCUUCUUUUGGUCCACCAGCGCUGCGGCGCUCUUGACUCUGACCCGACCUCUGACGCUUACAUUAUCCAGCUGACUCACAGCCUGCUGGCACUCGACUGGCAUAUGAAGGGCAAGUACGGCUCACUGACAUGUCUGGCCGAGCACUUAGGUGCUGAGUACCUUCUCAAGCUCGACUCCAGUCUGCCUUCCAGGCUGCUAGCCCUCAUGGGAGAUCAAACGCUGGCAACAUACUCCAGUGAGCUGUUGGAGAAGCUGUUUGUGAGUCACAAGAGUCAGCUAUGUGCCCGGUUCAGGGAUGAUGGCUGGAUGGAUGACUGGCACAAGACGUGGGUGAUCCCGCUGCUGAAAGUUCUAUGUACAGUCAAACUGGAGCAGACCACUUAUAUCCUGGAUUACUUUCUGCCCAAAUUGUUGCGCUGUAACCCUGCUAGUUUAGGGUGCAUGGUGCAGGCUCUGCAGGACAUGCCUUUCAGGUCGGAUGGCUCUGUGGGUAGCAGAGGAGCUCUGGGAGCAUUGAUGACUUGCCUACAUGCUGCCAGAGCUCAGGGAGUCCUCAAGCCGGUUGAUGAGCACCUUUGGGGAACAAUGGUACCUCUUCCGCUUUUAAAACAAGCUCUGGUGCACAAACAUGACCAGGUUCGUGUGGACGCACUCGGAUUAGUGUGCGAGAGCCAUCGCAGCACAGAGACCCUCUCCACACAGGAAAUGGAUCUGAUCCGCCACUUCCUGCCCAGCAAUUUGAACAGCCAGUCACCUGGAGUCAGACAGCAGACAGUCAGCCUGUUUAAGAAGCUGCUCUGUAGGAUGAAGGAGAGCACUCAGUCGUUGCAGAAGAAGCUGGCACAGGAGAAAGAUGAGCUGCAGAAAAAGCGAGACCAGCACAUCCUCAGCACAUACCAGGAGUUCCUCUGCUGGUUCUGCGAGAGUUUAUUUCAGGUGCUACAACCAGGAGCCUCUUUCUCUAGGUGUUUAGUGACUCUGCAGCUGCUGAGCCUGGUGGCUGAUCAUUUCUCCUUCAGCAUGGACCCUGAAAGCUUUGCCCUAGGAGCCUGUGUGACUGUACAACAUGCACACUCUGUCCUUUACUGUCUGUCCAACAAUUUCCUGGAGGUGAAACAGCUGGCCUGUACACUGCUGCAAAAACUGCCAUCCAAAACUGUGGGCUUACAGGAGCCAGAGAGGCUGCACUGUGUUCUCCAGGCUGCUUUGGACCUCAGCACCAGUACCAAGCCCUUCGACAGUGUCACAGCUGCCCACUUACUCAAUCUGCUGCUGCACCAAGAGGCCCUCCAGCAGGCGCUGCUCCGCUGUGCCCAGGAGAAAAGUGUCUCUCUACAGCUACCAGAUUUUAUCCAGCAUUCUGACGUCUCCAUUUUGGAGAAGAACACACUGGCAGUGGUGCUCUUCUUGCUGACGUGUCUGAAGGCUGAGGUUGCUGAGGCCGAGACUUCUCUGCUCGUAGCUGCUGCUUCCUGUCCUUUAUACGGCAGAGCUCACUGUAUCACUGCAGCCCUGCAGCAGCUCAGCACUGGAUCUCUCCAGCUGCAGGCUGAGUGGAACCGGCUUGUGUCAGACCUCAUUGCUUUAUGCUACAGGAUGUCUGAUGUGGUUUCACCUGUCGUCCAGAGUUCCUCCCCUGAGGGCCUUAUCCCAAUGGACACUGACACUGAAACAUCAUCUGGCCUGCAGAAGAUCCUUCAGGAAAUCCAACCUCGAGACACCAAUAACUUCUUCGACAGUCCCCGAGAACUGGACACAACCUCUGAAGAGCAGCUAAACACACCUCAGCCCACAAGCAACGGAUCCGAAGGCGAGGCUUAUCGGGUCACUGCGCAGAUGGUGUUGGUGUGUUGCUGGAGGAGCAUGAAAGAGGUGUCCAUGCUGUUGGGGGAGUUGUGUCAGAGAAUGCCUCUACAUACACACACAUACCGAGGCCUGAUCACUGAAGAGCAGGUGGAGGGCGUAGGACGGUAUUUUCGCGAACAGCUGCUGCAGUCACGGCACAGAGGAGCUUUCGAGCUGGCCUACGUGGGAUUUGUCCGUCUGACAGAAAUGCUGUGCAGGAGUGGAAGCACCACUUUACAGCAGCUUCCAGGCAAGUGGCUAAAGGAGGUACUCAUGGAGGUGAAGGGCAGCGACCCUUCUUCUAAAUUGUGUGCCACUCGCCGCAGUGCUGGAAUUCCUUUUUACAUCCAGGCAUUGCUGUCCUCCGAGCCGAAGUCAUCCAGCUGUAGCCUGCUGAAGAUGACCAUGAGAGAGCUGACGGCGCUAGCCAUGCCGAGUCACGAUGGCGCUACUGACCGCAGCACUGUCCCACAGGUCCAUGCUUUGAAUAUUUUAAGGGCUCUAUAUCGGGACACACGUUUGGGAGAAAACAUUGUGCCCUUUGUGGCAGAGGGCCUGCAGGCCGCAGUGCUCGGUUUCACCUCCCCUGUCUGGGCUGUGAGGAACUCCUCCACUCUCCUCUUCAGUACUCUGAUCACUCGGAUAUUCGGCGUGAAAAGAGGGAAGGAUGAACACUCCAAAAAGAAUAAGAUGACAGGUUGGGAAUUCUUCACUCGCUUUCCUGCCCUGUAUCCAUUUCUACUCAGCCAGCUCAAAGAAGCUGCAAGUUCAGUGGACAGUAAUGCAGGACAAGUAAAGCUGCACCCCAGCCUGUUCCUGCUGUUGCUGGUGUUAGGACGUCUCUACCCAUCACCUAUGGACGGAUCCUCUUCCCCUUUGAGCCUGGCCUCGUUUCGGCCCUUCAUCCUCAGGUGUUCUCGAUCUGCUGUGUACCGUACACGGGAGAUGGCAGCAAGAGCUCUGGUUCCAUUUGUUCUGGUCACCGACGUUCCAGCCACCAUCAGGACCUUACUAGAGGACCUGCCAGCAAAAGCCGGCCCAGGAACACAGCAGAACCAUAUCCACGGAACUCUCUUGCAGGUGCUCUUCCUGUUGCGUUCCUACCUGGCUGACGCUCAUCGACCCCAGACACAAGGAGUUGACCAGGACAGUGACUUAAUCAGGUCCCUCAGGCUAAGAGUUUGGCUGGCCACAAGGCAGAACCCAUGUCUGGUGACGAGGGGGACGAUGCUGGACGUGCUGUCUGAUCUGUGUACAUCUUACUCUGCUCCUGUCGAAGAUUCUCAGCUGAAGAAGCUUCGUACAGAGACGUUAUACAUCCUCAUGGACUCCGAGCUCGUGGCCCCUCGCAGUCUUGACGAGGUGCAUCUCUCUGGUCCAGGGGCCAUGCAAUACCUACAGAGUCUGGCACACUUGGCAACCAGCAUCGCUAUGGACUCAUCUACCCUAUGGAGUACACAAGAAGCAGAGAGGCAGCUCAAGGACGUCCUGAGUCACCUACUGCAGUGCUCACAUUACGAAGUAAGGCAGCUGGCACUGGAGCGCCUCUUGGAAAGACUGCAGACCAAUGAGGAACACCAGCCUCUGCCAUUUGACCUCAAUGUGUCCACUUUAACCUACCUGGCAUUACAUGAGCCACACCCCACCUGCUUAGCAAAGGUUCUACAGCUUCUCUCAGUCCUCCCACUGUCCUCCAUCCUGCCGUGGCAAGACAACAGCACGUCCCUAAGCGACGACAAGGCACUAGGUCACCUCCUGUCUGUAGCAGAGACCUCCACACACAGCUUGGAGCUGCACUGCGCUGCCCUCUCUUUGGCCUCUCAACUGGUGGUGCACCUGGCCAAAAAGACGCCGCUGGAGGGGGUUGCAGCGUCUCAUGGCACCCGCUGGGUGGCGCUGGUGACUCAGGACUGUAGCGAGGAACAACCAGUCGAGGUCAAACAGACUGCUGCAGAGGUGCUGGUUAAGGUCACACCCACCCUGCUGACCUCUGACACUUUGCCUAUGGGUGUCACCCACACUCUGGCACUGUGGCAGAGUCUUUUCACCUUACUGCAGGAUGAAGACCAGGAUGUGAGAGACAAAGCUGCUGACUUCAUAAGUUACUUACCAGCACAUCUUAUUACUACAGGUGUCGCUCAAGGAGCUGUUUCUCCCCCUGUUGCUUUGCAAAUGGGAGUGGAAAUUCUGUGCCAGCUGUUCCAGGUGUGGGACCAGGUGGCUGUUGGCAUUAUGACACUGACAGAGUGGAUGCUGGGUGAUAACCAGUCCGAGCUGGGCAAUGAGAAAACGUUUGACUUGGAUGAGGAGUUCCUCUUCGAGAAAAGAGAGAUGAACCUGUGGGCAGAACCUCUGCAGUGGGCAACGUUGUUACACAGACACCUGUGUGCUCUGCUUACAGUACCGAGCUCACUCAGUUUGUGCCCGGCAGAGCUUGACCGUUUCUCCACCAUAGCUGACGCUAACGCAGACUCGGCCCGAAGAGCACUGAGCUCCCUUCCUGCUCUGCCUCAAUUCUCUGCCACCAUAGAGUAUGCAAAGAUGACUCUGCUGAACGAGCGGGCUACACUCACUCAGAAUGUGCUGGCAACAAUCAGGCAAAACAUCUCGAGUUGAGAACUAAAGGUCUUUCAGCUCCUUCGUACAUUCUAGUAAAUGACGGGAAGAUCAUAUUGGAAUGAAGUGAAAGGUUUAGAGCAUUUCAAAUGACCUUGUGGUGUUCACACUGACAUUGACACUGAUUAUUUUAGAAUUUCCUGGCUAUUGUUGAAGGACUUUUAUUACAUUAACGGAUUUUGUUUUUAAUGUGGAAUUUUUGCAUAUUAAAAAGGGUAAAUGAUUUGUAGGAAUGUCUCCGACCUCAAACUGUUUUAUUCAAAAUAAAAAGCCAAGCUUUAAUACGUUCA